AUGGAGCCCUCACUCAAUUCAUGCCCCCCACCGCUAGUCGUAGAAGAUCAAGAUCAACCUGCAUAUUGGGCGCAAAGUGCCCUCCAAACCCCAUGGAGUCGUGGGCGACAUUAUCGUCAACAGCCGGGCACCCUACUCAACGCACUCCAAAGCCACAAACUUCGCCGUGAACCAGUCAUACGCAGUCCAAGGCAGGGAGACGACCUUUACUACACCAUCGGCACCAAGACCGCCAAUAUCGAAGCCUUGCUGGUACAAUCGACAGGGAAGAAAAUAGCCGUCGACGCAGAAUGCGAAUCUUGUCAAAAGUCGCAGGGGCCCCUUGCGAGGGAUUCAGUCCGGGCAGUUCUUCGCGGGCAUGAUGAGCGGAUCCUCGAGCUUCAAGCUAUGAAAGUUGCCUUGCAAGACAUCAACAAGGAAGCUCAAUUCGGUUUGGCGUCAUAA